GCGGAAGUACGCAGUGUUCGGCUGCCUUGGAUCUGAAUUCAGACGGGACGGAUAGGGUCUCUGGUCAUCAAUUUCUAAAUUACGGGACCUUUUUUUGCUAUUAAAUACAACAAUAAUAUGUUUCAAUCCACCACAAAGCUUUUGUCGUUGAUCCGACGUCUGCCACGAGAUAAAAUGGCGACAUAUACGGAGGCUAGCCGGCUAUGGUUUGAUGUUUCUAAUUCCGUUCUUUGUAGUAUUACCGUUGCUGGGGUCCUAUUUUAUUAGUAAUGUUCCUAAAUUGUCUUGAUAUGUUUUGACUGUUGUUGACGUCAAUAAAUUAAAAUAAAACACUGGAGCGACCCUCUUAAGCUUUUGACGUUUUAAUUGUACGAGAGCGACCGAGCGAGUUUUGCGUGAAGGCAAAUACUUUAGGUCGUUGUAUAAAAUAAUGUUUUGGUUAGUCUGAUAAGACUAAAACACUCGUAGAAGAGAAGGCAAAACGAAAUGUAACAGUUAAAAGUAGUGGGUAGAAUGCAUGCCCAUAUAGCUGGCAGGCAUGCCCUCCACCAGGGAGCCGAGGAAGACCCCCCAGGGUGUUUAUAUGGUUGUAGGCGGGGAGGUAGUCCGUAACGACCACACACAACACAGGUGAGAAAACACACAAAAAAACUCCCACCAAAAUUGAUGACUUGAGGACCACCACAGCCAACACGCCAGAAGAUUAGCGUUGGCCAGCCAGCAUCAUCCACGCCGCUGAGCAGCGACUGACCCGAGGAGCAGAUGUCGGAGCCGCCGCCGCUGCCUCCGGAGCUCUGGGUGUCCGUCUUCUGUUUCCUGAGCACAGAAGAGAAACACGCCGUCCGCUGCUGCUGCAGGGCCCUCAAGCAGCUGGUGGACCACCCGUACCUGUGGAGAAGACACACCGUGGUGCUGUCGGACCUCCGCCGCUACACGUUCGGCUUCUGGGACACUCUACGCCACCGCAAGCUGACCCGGGUGGCGGUGCGUCACCUGCGGCGGAAAGAAUGGCGCCGGCUCGUCAAGUUCCUGCCGUCGCUCACCGCCAUCGUGUUCGCGGAUGGAGGACGUGUGUACAAGCAGAAGUACCUGGACCAUCUACUGCAGUUCUCGGACAUCAGGGAUCUGGGUGUGCGGGAUACCUCCUGGGGUGAGCCCAUGCUGGGCCCCGGUCUGAGCGCCCACCUGAGGGAUCAGCUGACACACCUGAGCGUGUGCAACGUCCGCCUGACGUGCACCAUCAGCUUCGUGAAGGCGGUGUCGGAACUGACCAACCUGCGGUUCCUGCUCUUCCAUCAGCAGGGGGAAGGCUACGGCCUGGACAAGGUGCGGCCUGUUCCCCGCAAGGACUUCCACAACAUGAUGGUCCACCUCAAGAAGCUCACGCAUCUCUCAUGGGGGAUGAGGGGGGAGCCGCGGGAACCUCUGCCCGACGACUACCUGAGCCCCCCGGACCCGCAGCAUCCAGGAUCCCAGUACGGCGGCCCGGCUCUGACCAGCCUGGAGCUGGUGGACUACCCGGAGACCAUCCUACCCGAGACGGCCUUGAGGAGCCUGACGUCGCUCAGAUCGCUGACGGUGCGCUACAGGUACAUUCGAGAUGGCGUGGAUUGCCGCCUGGCCUCCUGGCUGAGUCCUCUCAAGCAUCUGGAGACUCUCAGCAUCAUUGGUGGGAACUCCUUGGCGCUCUACACUACCACCAUCCCUGCUAGCGUGACCAGGCUAACGCUGCGUGUGGCCAUCACGCUCAAGGACUUGGACUCCAUCGCUCCCAAAGUCCUGUCUUUGGAGCAUCUGGACAUCGAGCAAAAUCGCUCCAGCGGCAGCCUGUGUCGGCGCAUCCCCAUGUUGUUCCCUCAGCUCAGGACGCUGCGCAUCAGGUUCUUCCGACGAGAACCGGAGAAAGACCUGCUGAGCCUCCACCGGCUGCGACACCUGGAGCGUCUGGAGCUGCUGGUGGAGCGCUCCUUCAUCCUGAGGGACUACCUGAACGGACACCCGUGGCCCAGCCCCUGCGUCCAGGAGCUCAUCAACCAGCUGCGAGAGCUGUCGGCCAACAGGAUCACCGUCAUCACGACCAUGCGCCAGAGAAACCCCCUGAGGGAGUGCAACUGUGUUUGGGAGGGAGACCGAUGAUCACCAGGAGAACUUUCAACUUUCCCAUUGAUCAAAGAGCGACAGGACGUUUCCCAUAGAAUCAUCUUGUCAUGGCUGCUCCUCAUUUCAAUCCUGAUAUGUUUCAUUAGAUGAAAUUUAAUUUAACUUAAUUUAGUUGACGAGACGUUUGUGACUACCUGAUAGAUGAAGAUGACUUAAGUCGUGACUUGUAGACGUUGCUUUUGCACUGCUGGCCAAAAAGGGACAUUAACUGAUAGGAACCAUUGUUCAUGAGUCAGCAACACUUUAUUUACAUGUCCUUAAAGGGCCAUUAAAGAUAACUUUAA